AUGCAUCACUUAGAGGAAGAAUUAACGUGUUCCAUUUGCUAUAGCAUAUUCGAAGAUCCACGGGUUUUGCCCUGUUCCCAUACGUUCUGCAGGAGUUGUUUGGAAGGUGUUAUCCAGGUGUCAAACAACUUUUCCAUCUGGAGACCCCUGCGACUUCCUCUCAAGUGUCCAAACUGCAGAAGCGUCGUGGAAAGUCCUGCUGCUGGUACUGAAUUGCUCCCCGUCAACUUAGCACUGAAAGCUGUUAUUGAAAAAUACCGGCAGGAGGAUCACGCUGACGUCGCGACCUGCCCCGAGCACCACGGGCAACCGCUCAACGUUUACUGCAUUCGGGAUAGGAAACUGGUGUGCGGCCACUGCCUCACGAUCGGCCGACACAACGGUCACCCGAUAGACGACCUCUGGAGCGCCUACGCCAAAGAGAAGGAGACUUCUGGAAAACUCCUCGAGCAGCUGACUGACAAACACUGGACUGACGUCUGUUUGCUCCUUGAAAAGCUGAAGGAGCAGAAGUCCCAGUGUGAAAGCAUUGUUCAGGAUGAUAAAAAAGCGGUGGUACAGUAUUUUAAGAAACUUGGCGAUACCUUGGAGCACAAAAAACAAGCUCUGCUGACUGCGCUGGACGAGCUGAACACCUACAUCUUGGAACAGUAUCAGCCUCUCAUCGAGAAGCUGGAAAAAAUCAGGGAAGAGCAGCUGGAAUUGAUGUCCCUGAAUACAUCUAUUCAAAAAGAAGAGUCCCCGCUUAUUUUUCUUGAGAACGUGGACGAUAUGCAUCAGCGUAUCAAAGCUUUGAAACAGAAGCCUCUGCCGUCCGUUGAGCCCGUGGACGUUUACCCGAGGGUUGGGCACCUGCUGAGAGACGUGUGGUCAAGAACCGAGAUCGGUCAGAUCAACAACAUCCUCGUCCCCAAAAUAAAACUGACCCUGAAGAGGAAGUUUCGCAGCAAAGGCAGCAGAAAGAGCGGAGAAGCUAAAGAGCUCCUCCGGGCUGUAAAUCCCGUGGCGGUCCUGCUCCUCGCCGUAGGGGUAGCGGUAACGGUGUUGGCCGUCCCCAGGGCGGUGUCGUCAGCUGCAAUCGGAGCUCCUCCCGCUUGUGUCUCGGAGCUCUUGCGCAUCACGUACCGAGAUCUCUGCACCUGCUUGCAGAGUGUGGGGGACGUGCUGUGCCAUUCCUUUCAUCUGCUGACCCAGUUCUUAGGGAGAAUUUUUUGGUUUUGA